AUGCCUCGCAGAGCCGCCCAACAAUUAGUGGGCCGCAGGGUCACUAUUUCGAAGUCGUCCCGCACCGUCACGACCAUGGUGGACAAUGCUCCUCCAACUCCGAUCCCGUCUAAUAUCAACACCCCGCUGGGUUCUGAAUAUCCAUCGACCUAUACCUCUGAGGCCGAGGGGGACGUCGACGGCGAGAUCGACGGCGACAUCGACGGACAAGUCGACGAGGAUGUCGCCAAAGCCAUGGGCGCACUAACUUUGGCUCCCUCUGCCGAAGCAACCGGUAGUGAAGCUUCUGCCCCCCCAAAGCCUCUCACCAGAUUAGAGAGAAGGAGACAAUACAAACCGUUCCCCUUCCUAGAGUUGCCGGCCGAGUUACGAGUUAAGAUCUAUGAAUACUUCUUCGACGACACCCACUACGUCCUCGACCUGGACCCGGACAACUACAGGCGCAUCCAUAAGAAGCUGGGCUUUUUCCGCACCUGUCGAACUAUCAGCCUCGAGGCCGGCUACCUCUUCUACAGCACCCACACCUUCCGCAUCUUCCCCACCCACCCGGGCAAGCACUUCAAGACCAAGAAGCCUCUGCUCGCGCGCAUGAGCUCCCGCCAGCGUUCCUGGAUAACUAGUCUCGAGAUGCGUCUCGGCCCCGGCUGGAAUAAGCCCCCGCGCGGCUGGGUUGUCAACCCGGCUCUGGGCCUGCACGAGUGCACCAGCGUGCGCCAGCUGACCGUCUUUGUCGAGUGCGACCCCAGCGACGGCAUUUUUAACGGAUUCCGUCGCGCCGACGACUUUUACGAGGGCUUUUCCCGUGGCCUGCUGACGGACGUGCUGACGGAGAUGCCGUUCGUCAACAACGUUACAUUUGACGCGUGGAGCAGCGUCCGGAGGAAGGGCGCCAUGAUGCGCGGGCUGAUCAACACGGCGCUGUCGCAUGGGAAGCACAUUCGGUGGGGGCCCGAGAGGGGCUGGACUGAUGUGGAUGAUGAAGGGGAGAUCGUGGUUCCGACCAGUGAUAUGGUGGCUACUGCGCUGCUGAAUGGUGUCGGUAUGGACGUUGUCAUUGUUGCUUGA